CAGAACCAGUACAUGAAUAGCAAAUGAAAACAAUAGGCUUGUUGUUUUAAGGUGUUUAAGAAAAAGUAAAUAAAAAGAAACUCCUCCAUAUUUAAUUAUGGCGUCGAAAAGAAAGCAAAAUUUUUCGCAUGAAAAUAGCGAUAUUUUUAAAAAGAAACACACAUUGGACUCGGAUGAGGAGGACUCCGAUGACUAUGAACGCGAAAACCUGAAUGAUAGUGACAUUGAAGGCGGUGAGGAGGGUGUUGGAAAAGUAGUGGACGAUGUCAAAAUAACGCCAUUCAAUAUGCGCGAGGAACUCGAAGAGGGCCACUUCGAUAAGGAUGGUCACUAUCAUUGGAAUAAGGACACGGAAAUAAAGGAUAACUGGCUGGAUAAUAUUGACUGGGUUAAGGUAGAGAAUGACAAGAACUAUUUUGAUCCCAACAAUGAGGAACUAAACGUUGCGGGAGAUGGUGUACCUUCAUUUAAUCUUGCGGCAUCGCUUAGAAAAAUGAUUGAGUUUAUGAAGGCGGGCGAAAGUGUUCAAAUGGCUUUACAAAGAUUGGGCCGCAAGCGUCCCAAAUUAUCAACGCUUGAAAAGCUUAAGCAAAAAAAAGCGGGAAUAGAGAACAUUGAAACGCAGCAAAUAGCGAAGCUAACUGAGGUGGCGAAUGAAAUACUUUCAAACACGGGAAACAUGGACAUAUAUCAAGAAACAUAUGAGAAGAUCAUGCAGAAACUAGAAAAUUUGCCGGGCCCAAGCAAGCCAGUUACAGAGUCCUUUGAUAUGUAUGCAGAUGAUUUUGAAGAAAAGGAGUCCAAACGCUUAAAGACAACUCAAAAGGAGGAGGAGGAGGAACCGAAAAUCAAAUGGGAAUUCAAAUGGAAACAAGAUGAUGAAAACAUUCAAGGUCCAUAUAGUACAGAAACGAUGUUAAAUUGGUCAACGGGCGAUUAUUUCAAGGAUGGUGUCUACGUAAGAAAAGUUGGAGAAAGCUCGAGUUUUUAUUCGAGUAAUAGAAUAGAUUUCGAUUUGUAUUUGUAACGUACUUAAAUUUUGUAAAUUCUGCUUUUUAAGCAGAAAAUAAAUCUUUUCGUAUACAUUUUAGGUUAGAUUUGAUGUUAAUAAAUGAGAUCGUUUAUAA